GGAAAGAAAUGGAAGCGCCACAGGGUUAUGUGCAAUUAUUAAUAAAUAAAAUAGUCAGUAACAUUCGAAUUUAUUGUAACAAUUUAAUAUUGAAGUAUGUAGAAGAAGAUAUAGUUUUAUCAAUGAAUGUCAAACAUUUAAAAUUUGAGUCUGCUAAUGACAAAUGGGAACCUUCGUAUAUAGAUGUUUCUCCUGCUGAAGUCAUAAUCAGAAAGGUCAUAACAAUAAAUGACUUGACUUUAUGUCUGGAUAAGAGGAAUGCAUCUGGCAAAAUUGAAGUUUACCAAGAACCCAUGCUAUAUAAGUGCUCAAUGACAAUGCAUUUGCUCAAAAAAUAUCACUCUGCAACUGCUAGCAUUGCUUCUACUACUCGGCUAGAUAUAUACUGUAAUAGCAUGGAAUUUAGUAUGACCGAACAACAGGUGCCAAUGUUUAUGCGGCUAUUGCUGUUAUUAUAUGCCCUACAACAGAAACAACUAAAACCUGAAAGAGAUAGUACUACAGACGCUUCAAUUUCUUCUCAAGAUGCCAGAGAUAUACAAGACAGUUCUUUGGGUUGGACGGGUUGGGCAUGGUCGUAUGUCUCUUCUGUUUUGCCAGCCCCGUGGGAUGAAGAUUGGGAUGAAAAAUAUCUUCAGGAUCAUAAAGGCCACACUUUACAUUUCGGAAUAUUUGUUGAUAAUCUUUCUAUUACAUUUAAGGUUUCAGAGACAACUUCAGAACGUACAAGCUACUACAAUCAUAAAAAACUACGGUACACUCCAAUGUUAAGCCUCCAAUUACAAGGAAUGUACUGCGAAACUAUAAUUCAUGGUUUAAAAUGGUUCAACGCCAUGGGAGGGGUGAGUCAAGCCAUACUUUUACCGAUGGGACCAUGCAGUUGUUCACUGAUUGAAAUUCCAGAUGAAACCAGUCAAAUCAACUAUUUAAAAAUAGGUUCUGAAACUAACACACACAAAAGUGAUUCAUUAUUUGAUGUUGAGGCUGUAGAAAAUAAAGGAAAAAAGAGGCAAUACAAUACCUCGUGGGACUAUCAUAUGUCGAUGUAUACAGAAUCAGUUUUGUUAGAACGUACUCCUGCAUUCGCCUUCGAUUACUUGUACCAAAUGGAUAUGCCUAACGAUACCUCCAGCGAAAUAUUAUCGGAGAUGGGAAGCGAUUUCGAGUUUAGCAAUUUUGUGGAAAAUUCAAGUAUGAGGUUAUGUUUGGGACCUUUUAAAUUGAGAUUAUGCUCCGGAUUUUUCCAUCGACUUAGUUCACUACAAGUUGCAGCUUCAUAUUACGACUAUCCACCGUAUGCCGUACCGAAGCCCGACAAAAGUUUUCAAGAACUUCAACCUCCUUCCGAAGAAGAUUUCGAUGCUCUGAAUGAAUUUAUUCCUAGUAGAAGCAUGCGAAUUACGUUUUUCGCACCUAUUAUCGAACUCGAACUUAUGGAUCAUCCGUACUUUCAACCAAUCAAAGGCAUGCUUUAUAGAAAACGAAAGAAAGGAACACAAUCAGCACCAAUUACUUCAAAGGUUCUUCCUUUACCUAAACUAACCAUAGAGUGUCAAUUUUUCGAUAUUAGUCUUACCUACCCGAUGUACGUUAAUCGUCUCGUCCAUACAACAUGUCAAUUACCAGAUCCCCCUCGGCAAUUUUUCGAGGCAUGUUAUUCCCGCAAGAAUAUUAAAGUGGUUGGACUUUGCAGCCGGUUAAUAAUCAAUCCAAAUAAACACACCACGAUUUUAACGCCAUCUAGUCUAUCUUACGCAACUAAAAGUAUUAACAAGCCGCAGUAUUGGACGAAUCCGGAUAUCACGCAUUCCGAGGCUACGUUUGAGUCAGAGAGUAUUACUUUGAAUGGUACUAAUGCUAAAAUGAUGGUGGUGACAUAUAUUUUGGGGAAGAUGCUGAAAAUGGACGCAGAAGGUGCGAUUAAGCUUAUGAAUAAUUCUUCAAUUUUAAUCGAUGCUUCUAAAGAUCAAGGACUACCAUUUAUGGAAUUAUGCAUUGAAGCAAUUCGUUUUAAAAAGGUAAACACAAACUCGACUGUUUCCAUGGAUGUGAGCCUAGGUUCCAUAAAAGGCUUUAUUUUGGAACCAAUACAUAAAAAAGUAGAUGACUCUUCUUUUUCCAAUGAUAUUCAACAAGUUUUAUUUAUCUCUGGUCCAGAACCUAAAUCGACACAAGAAGGAGAAGAAAUAGUACAGAAAGGACCUUCAGGAGAACCUUCAUAUGCACCCUUAUUCACUGCGACCAUCCAAUAUCCGAUAGGUCCCGAGAAUCAACAGCAUCCGCCAAUUAUCCUUUUUAAUCUGCAAGAAAUUCGUGUUUGUAUAGACCCUUUACUUUGUAAAUGGUUAUUGUAUACUCCUAAGCAGUUUGGACAUACGCUAAAUAUAUUUGAAUCUGGUCCCAAAACCAAAAAUGUUUCCGAUGUCAGCAGUAGCGUUGCAGAAACUCCUCGUAAGGUAUCUAGUCAAAUAGAAUCCGUCCAUAGCAGUUCUGACCGAGAACAUUUGUACAUUCCACAGAAAGUACAAGUGACCAGAGAAGAAACUGUGGAUAUCCAAGAGAAAAUAUAUAAUUUUCUGAAGAAAUGGUUCGAUGUUUGGAAGGGAGUGUUUCUGUGUGGAGAUAUUUCCCAGUGUACUAUUUAUUUUCCGUUGGGGUCACUAUCUGCGAUCGGAUCUCAAGGUAUUCAAGAGGCCGUUGAAUCAGCUGUCAACAAAGAACAACCACCGGAUAUCUUGAUAAUAACAUUACCUCUAGCAAACAUUCGUAGCGCUCAUCGACAGAGUAUAAAAAAAUACUUGAAUACACUUCCAGUGACUCUACCAGAUACAAUAUGGACUUCUGAGAAAUCAAGUUUUCCCUGGACAAUGUCUAUAUCAGACAUGAGCUGUUACACUAUUCAAUUCGGUGAAAAGUUGACAUUUUUGAAACCUGUUUCUUUGAAUGCAACCGUUGGGCUCUCUACAAAGCCAAAUAAACCUGAAUGUGAUGCCAACUUAGACACGUCUAAACCGGAUAUUGGGUGUAUUGGUGUUUGUGUUCAUAUAGACAUGACUCCGAUUGUUAUUUCUACCUCUGAAGUUCAGGUAUACCUUUUUGCAAGUAUUCUCUACGGUCUCAUGGAAGUAGCUAGCAAUCUUAUGCCUGAAACGACGCCGAAUGUUGUUCCGAAAACUCCAGACGCUUUACCACCUGUCCUUAGUAAGAGUUCAACUAUGUCUCCAACCAUAUUAAAAGAAAAUACUCUUGAUUCAACUAGUGACAGAACCCCACCUAUUGCGACGUUAUCCCAACAAGAAACUACCGAUGAGACCGCUAGACUAACGGCUUGGGUUCAGUGGACAAUUACCAGAUUUACUAUAGAAUUAUUAUCUAGCGAGUACAAAGACUUAAGCGACAACCUGAAACCGACACAGCCUCGUUUGAAGCUUGUCGUAGAUGCAGAAGAUAUUGUUAGUUCGUUAGAUUUUCAAAGUGUGUAUUUAAAACUCAAGAGCAAAAUUGGAUCGGUAUCAAUUCAACAUUAUAAAAGGUUAACACCAACUUCGGACUGGCAACCCGGACCAUUUUCGGGUAUAGUUAUGCGGUUAAGGGAAGAUGUCGCUGCUACCCAACGGCAUGAAGAUAACGGUUUUAUAAGUGUUACAAUAACAAGGGCAAGCUGCCAACACACGCACACUUUAUGGGGAGCGGUACAAAAACGUCAUCAUAAAGAACCGAAAAGAAGAGAAUCUUUAAAUCCACAACUGCUGUCACAGAGUCGUUACAUUACUGAAAUAGUUGUAAAUAUACAACCUAUAGAUUUUGUGAUAUCGCCAAAAACACUACGCAGUUUCUACAUGGUUAUAGUACCUCUUCUAGAAAUACCAGCCCAUAAGGAAACAAAAGUUUCCGAUCCAUCCGCCUCUCUCUUAGAUAUCAACAAUCAAAAUUUACCUUUAGCAUAUCUGGAGUGCCAAGACAUUAGAAUAAUCAUACCUUCGGUAGAACUCGAAUGUAAACAUUCGUUACAUGACGUUCUACUAUUCCAAGUGCAGAAAAUUUGCAUAAGUCCUUCGGCUGUAAACCCUAUUUGCAGAUCACCAUUGAGGCCAGAUAUUUACGAACAAGCAGCACAUGCUAGAAUUUUGAGCAUUCCAGGAAGUGACGUGGAAGAUAGACAAUACCAACUAGACCUAAUAGGAAUCUCGGUAUGUACUGGAGCGUGGGAAGACAUAGAUUCCGUACUUUCCCCUUCAAAUUUCACUUCAACAUUGAAAGGUUUAAGUGAAAAUCCAGCGUUAGAAUGGAAUAAUUUAGAACAAGGCCAAUCCAAUUUUCCACACCCUAGUCUAAAUCUUUGGUAUCUUACAGAAAAAUUCGACAUUUCCCUAAUACUUGCGCCUGCUAUGAUUUACAAAGAAACGGCACUUGUGUGUGGACAUUCAAUAGAAAUCAAUUUUGUUAGUGAUAUAAUUAUUAAUUUAUCAUUACAUCAAAUUAAAUUGAUUUCUGCGUUGCUUCACGAGUUUGAGGCUUCAAUGGAACCGCUAAUUAUAGACAAACACUUGAUCAGAAUGAAAUUGACUCUACCGUAUACCAGAUCCUACGACGAGUCGUUUUACGAAGAAGAAAUUGAAGCUAAUGAUGUAUGCAGGGAUUCUGGUAUCGACACGUUGGAUAAUAAAAGCAUAUUGUCCUCCUCUAGGAUCUUAAAAACUUUAAGCGAAAGCGAAAAGUAUACUCCACCUAAACCUAGCAAUACUUUGAAUUCAAAUCAGUUAAUUCCUUUCGAUAUUCUGCUCACAGCUGGUAAAAUAUCUCUAGCUCUUUACCAAGUAAUCUUACCUACAACCGGUUCCUUAAGAGCAAAAAACAAAAGGAAGAAAUCGUUAAAAAUAGAUAUCAACGCAUCUGGCUAUGAGGCAGAAGAAGAGGGUAAAGCAGAGAAUGAAAAUAAUUAUAAUAAAUACACGCCUUUGGUUUACUUUUGCAUAAGCCAGCCAAACAUAUUUAUGAAUAAAAAGCAGUUAACUAGAGGUGUUCAAAUAACCUGCUUUGAUCUUAAUUUAAAAUCGAGUGGACCAGAAUACCUACCUGUUAACCACAUUCCUUCUGAAGAUGAUUUUCCAGUGAAUCUUUUGGAGACCAAAUGUGGUAUUCCUGAUUGUAAUACCGGAAUAUAUCCUGCAUUCUUCACUGCCAAGUUUUCUAAGGGACUCGGUAAAAACGCUGCUCUGAAUAUUUCAAUAUCGAAGCCUACGAAGAUUUUAUGUUCGACAACCAAGUGGGGAUAUUUAUUAACUGUUAAAGAUCAGGUUUUAGAUGCCCUUAAUGGAAAUAAAUCUGACACAAUGUUAAUUCCUAGAAGUGUUGAGAAAUCUUCGGAAUCAACAAAUAUAAUAGCCAAUAUACCAUGGGGUAUUAAUGUCGUUAAUGUUGAUUUUAAGCAGCUGUUAUUUGCAAUCAAGUCUGACGCAGGCUAUGAGAUACACUUAGGCAUGGAAAAACUAUCGACUAAUCUUACUUUAUCAACGCGUCCCGAUAAAAUAACAGUAAAAACCAAUUUCCAGUGUGUGACAAUUUCGAUUAUUAACGGUCUGUAUAAAAAGCUGUUACUCAAUCCUUGGUCCACGUCGGUGGAUGUUUCAAUGUUUUGGGAAUCGUGGCAAAGUCAGGAUAGUGAUCCUCAGAUCCAAGUGAGCAUUGAAAGUGAUUGUAUUAUGUUAGAUGUUAGUCCCGAGCAGAUUAGAUGCAUCGAAAUUGUGGUUAAAGAAAUAAAUGAGUUCAUUGCAACUUUGCCAAUCACGGAAAGUAAUUCGGCUCCUGAACCUGUAAAUGUAGAAAAUAUCUCCGGAAAAGGAUUUGAUAAAGAUCAACACUAUAAGGAUGAUCUAAGAGCAGGUGCUUUCCAGUUUGUUGACGCUAAUUCUGAUAAAACCGAGGAGCUACCCCUACCCUAUCAGGUAAUGUUCUGGAACAAAUCCAUAUCUGCAAUGGCAUGGCGUUAUCCUCAGCCUCGAGCUUUAACAAAAGUUAGGGUAUUUCCGGUACCUUAUAAAAGAACACUCGGAUCUCAUGAUGACCUCCAAGUUUUAUGUCAUUUAGAAUAUUGGUCGGAAUGCAGAAACGCAUAUUUACCGUUCGCUCAGUUUUUCUUAUCAGAAAGUGAAGUAUGCCAUCUGACAUUACCCGGUGGAAAUCCACAACCGAUUGUAGCUUCAACAUGGAGAGUGGUUAUUACAAUGGUUAACUAUAACGAAGAACAAAAAAGCAGUAUCUUAAUAUCUCCCAGAGCUCUAGCGGCGUGCAUGCGAAUUGAUUCUUAUUUUAAUAAAUCUCUAAUACCCAGCUUAACAGCAGCCUUGUACGUAACUAGAAUAGACGUGUCAUUAUACAAUUAUUUCGACCGAUAUAACACGAUGAAACUACCGACUUGGUUGAAGAAUUUCUCUCCUGACUACAUGUUCCCAGAAAAUCAAAGAUUUUUAACAUUAAGCUGGUAUAAUAUGACGGGAUAUUUCUUAAAUUGGGAUAGAGAUACAAUGUCUUUGGAGCUCAGUACCGCUGUCAAAUGCAACGUUCUCGAUUACAACUUUUUGACAGAGCAACCUCUUAUUGAACCAUUUACUUGUAAAAUAGAGGCUACAGUUUCAGAGGAUGUUAGUUUGAACCUUAUUUCUAAGCCAAUUCAAGUAAAAUUUGGGCCUAAUAUAGCGCACAGUUUGGCUGUGGCUGUUCAAGUUUGGGAUCAAACAUACACCAGUCCGGAUAAAGAGAAAGAUUUUAUUGUAAUGACUAGGAUUAUUGUUUGUAACGAUACCAUCAGUAGCAUACGAUUCGGGCAAACUUGUACUGACGAAGAUAUCCUUUUGACGUCCCGACAGUUUCAUUUAUAUUCUUGGAGAUCUCAGAAGAAGAAACAGAAAUUAAGGAUUGCGUUAGAGGAGAAUGACUGGGUUUGGUCAAGGUCGUUCUCACUUGUCGAGGACGGAAUGGAGGUAAUUCAAUUUAGCACUGAACGUAACAUCUCUAUUUUUGUAUCCAUACAGUCGCUUUCGGCAACACAGAAGAAAAUAACUAUAUUCGGUCAAUUAAUAGUAUCUAAUAUGCUCCUGGAACAUUUCGAGAUGAAGGUGGUCGAAUCAGUUAAAGAAAAGCGAGAUAUCGAAUUCAAAAAUUCUUCCACAAUCUUGAUACCGUCUCAUAAUAACACACCAUCGAUAUUUAUCAACAAUAAAAAGAAAUAUUUCUUGAGGUUGCGGUUUUAUGGCUUGGAGUCUGCGUGGACCGGGGACAUUCCAUUGAAAGAACAUCAUACUGGAAGUCAGCCUUGGUUGGUAAAAGUACCCCUACAAGAGCGUGGACAAUUCCUUAGCAUUUGGUGCCGGAUUAUAACGCAAGAAAUCAAUAAUACAAAAAGGAUUUUGGCUGUUCUCUGGCCGCUGUUCACCGUCAAAUCAAAUCUUCCGGUAGAUUCUCAGGUACACAUAGAAACUCCAACGUUAAACGUCCAUAUAGACUCGACCGUUUGUGGUAGAGGCCAGAUACAGCAACUGUACUGUCCCGGUACCAUAGAUCAUCCCCACCAAUUAACUUUUAAAAUUGACAAUAAUGAAGCAACGUCGAAUUCUUACAUUCCACUGAACUACAGCCACGUCGAUCAGCAUAAGUUUUUCAAACGACCAGAGAGGGAGGACAUAGAAGAAAUUUUGACAGUUCUGAGUAAUUUUAAUAAAAAAUCUUGGCCGUAUUUUGGAGAUGAAUUGGAUGAGAUCGAUUGGGUGGUUGACGAUCAGCCUCUGACACAUGUCCAGGUCAAAUACCAAAAGGCGUGCCCCCAUUCAUGUUCGCUGCUUCUUGAAUUGUUACCAUGGUGUCUUACAGUCAAUACUCUGGGUAUACCAAUUUCAUUGAUGCUUAGUGGAGUUGAGUUGUGUAGAAUACCUCAUCACGGAAUAGUUGCACCACCAAAACUGGAGGAAAAUUUCAAUCUUGGUGUUUAUAUGGGCACUUCUUGGUAUUAUUCCGAACCACUACAAUUAUCGAAGUCAGAUUGGAGUCAAGCUUUUUAUAUGCCAAAAAUCACCGGUUCCGUUCCUCAAAAUGGAUGUAUUAAAACGUCGAUUAAGUGUGAUAGUCAUAUUUGCAGUAUAUCCAUUGCAAGUUCAGUUACAAACGAGAUGAGGUUAUUAAAAGUUUCAUCUACACACGUUUUAUCAAAUCAUACGUCAACACAAUUACAAGUAAUAUGUUUGGCGGUGCCAGAGGGUGAAAAUAUUUAUGAUUUUCCAGAUAAUGCUGAGCCAUACAGUUUUACUCUGGCACCAUAUUUGAACAAGAGCAACUCAGGAGUUUCUGUGAUAAAAUGGCAUACUCCCAUCAAUCUAUCUGGCUUCAAUGAAUAUUCUCUUUAUUUCUCAUUUUGUUUAAGUGCAGAUGUGGGCUGGUCAUGCCCAAUUAGAGUCGAUAAACCAUUUCUAAGAAAAGCGUUUUGUGUUACCUCGGCAUCACAUCCAUUGGCAUUUGUUUUGACUUGUCAAGAGCACAAAGGACAGCUUUUUUUGUCGUUACAUAAUGAUACUAGGCCUCAAGUACUUAUAUCAAAUAGAACAGGUACUACUUUCUAUUGCGGCCAAUCAUUGAAAGAAGGGGAGGUGGUUGAUGAAGUUCAAAAUUUCCGAUGGUACUCUAAGAUAGGUCCACAUCAAGACCAGUAUUACAAUAUGCCUAAUAUUUCUGAGAAAUUUCCCGAAUUGCCACAAUAUCAGUUUUCGGAAAAGAUAGCACUCGCUAUUGAGCCGGAUAUUAAUAAUGAUUUUCAGUGGUCAACAAACUUUAGCUUAACACACGAAUACGAGCAGUACCUAAGAAUACCUUUCUACGGAGAUAUUCAAAUAAUAGUUGUAAAUACAGCGUGUACAACAUUUUUGAUACUGGAGUCUGCUAGUGAGAUGGAAAUUAGUGCCAGUGAUAUUCGUGUACGACUCAGCUUGCGCGAGAGUGAAGGUGUAGGAGAAAAACAUUCGGAAACUCUUCAACUGCCAAAGUUGUACUCUCGAGAAGAGGUACCUCGGUUCUUAUCCGACACUGCUAUACAAUCGGGUGCUCGACGACGAUCAUCUAUAAAGACAAGACAAAACUCUUCUUGCAGUGAUUAUGGUUCUUCAGAUGAAUCUACAAAAUCAAAACGACGAUCAUCGGGUUCAAGUCUUGGCCUAUUAUCGCCUAAAACUAAAUCUCUCUUAGUUAACACACUACCUAUGAAAGAAACAUGGAAUUGUAUGAAAUUGAAUGCUUUUAUUAAAUCGUUUUCUGUGAUAUUUAUUUCGGACCUCAAGAUAGAAGGGACAGAAAGGUGGGAAGUGGCUAGUCUCAUCUGUGAUAAUAUUGUAGUUUGUGCCACUCAGACUGAGAAAAUGAAAGUAAAAUUCUCAGUUUCUGCUGUUCAGUUUGACAAUCAGUUAUAUUCUAGAGAGUCCUACGACUUUCCAGUUUUGUUGGUUGGACAAGAUGUGAAAGAGUCAAACAAAAUGCCUUCUCUAAACAUUCCUAUAGAAAAUUUAUUGCAAAAUUCGGAGGAGGAUGCUUUGUUAAUAGUUGAUUUAGCAUUAGAAACGUGGAGGGAUAAAUAUGUAAUGAGCAACACUACAGGAGUAAAGUCGUUACAGAUUGUUAUUAAUCCAAUCUCUUGUUUCGUGGAGGAUGGAUAUUUGACGAGAUUGAUGGACUAUUUUUACGUAUUCAUACCAACAAAAUUAAUUAUGUGGCCCGAUAAAAAAAUACCGUUAAAACUAAAUGGUACUUCUGGGUCGGUAAGUGUACCAGAGAUUGUUAGUUGGCAGUGUGCGAUACUAGCGAGGCCUUUAACAGUAAGAAAUUUAAACAUAGCUCCAAUAUCCCUCCUAUUGUCGAUACAUUCAUCUAUAAAAAUGUAUAUAGCUUUAGACCAAUCACCGUUACAGUUUGGAAAAUUCGAAAGAAAGAGGGUCUUCACCACACCCUACAGAUUGGGUCAUGCGAUGACCAUGCACUAUCUUUCUGGAGCAAUAUUCGGUGCUGGAUGGGUAGUCAGCUCCUUAGAACUUAUUGGUAGUCCUGGUGGUCUUGCUAGAGCAAUGGGAACGGGUUUAAGAGACUUUGUUAGUUUGCCCUACAGAGGUUUGGUUGUCGGACCAAUGGCUUUUCUAAGAGGUAUUACACAGGGUUCUGCUUCGUUGAUGAGACAUAUAACUGCUGGUACAUUACAAUCAGUUACGAAAAUGGCUUCAAGUGUAGCUAGAAAUCUAGACCGGUUAACGCUAGAUGAAGAACAUGUGCGAAGAAAAGAAGAAGAGAGGCGAAUGAGACCUCAAGGACUAGCUCAAGGAUUUUUACAGGGUUUGACCGGGUUAGGUAUCAGCUUGCUAGGAGCAAUCGGAGGUGUAUCGCACCAUCCCCUUCAAUCAAUGAUGUCAGAUGGGGCUUCUCCGAGAUCUUUGGUUACAGGCGUAGGUUUGGGUCUUGUUGGGAUGGUUACGAAGCCUUUAAGUGGAGCUGCAGAGCUUGUAGCACUAACAGGACAAGGUCUCCUGCAAGGUGCUGGCUGGACAUCGCUUCCCGAACCAAGGAAUAGUCCGUCAAUAGAUAAAAUUAAUCAAAAUGCCAAUUCUCUUUUAAAAUACAGUUGGAAGAAUAUCCAAGCACUGACUCCAUCACAUUUAUUGUACGUCACAGAGGCAACGAGCAUUUCUAACGCCCAGUAUGAAGCCAUAGCUCUGAUCCUUACCCUGGAAAGCCUAAUCGUGGUUAAUUUGGAGACAGACUCAACCCAACGUGUUAUAAAUCUUUCAGAUUUGACUGUUUGUCCCAGCAAUGAUCCAACGUUGUUAAUAUUUAAGUUAAAUCCUCCUCUUAAAACGCCAACUAUGGAGGAAGAAAGUGUAGAAAUGGAUCCGGUUAGCCGAGCAAGAGUUGCUGAAUAUGUAAAAAAUACAGUGGGAGUGCUUCACCUACCGGAAGCUAGUGAUUUACCAGACCAAUCGAAUUUCGAUGUGUCACCUCUUUCUUCGCCAGGUCCUAAUAGUGAAGUUGACGUUUCUGUGGAAUCAACAGUAUUGACAUAUUAUGUAAACCUACAAAGUAGAAACUAUUUUCUCUGUUUGUUAAAUCUUGCCAAACAACAACGGCAAAACUAUAAUUUUACAAUUUUAUAAUUUUUUAAUUAACUAAAUGAACUGAAAGUGUUUAUGGAAUAAAUGUUUAUUGUUUUC